GAAUAAAAUUCAAUGUUCAAACAACCCUUCGAGGAAUUCAAGGUCUUACUUCAUCGCCAACAGUAAUCAAUUCUUUAAAAGUUACCGGUGGAUCUAAUAAUCAUAUAGACAUUGAAUUAUCUGUUAGUUUAUCAAAUCCAUCGAACGUUAAAAUCGUUCUUGACAGUGAUGUCAAAUUUGAUUUGAUAUGUAAUGAAACGAGAAUUGGAAAUGUGAUAAUACCAAAUCUUGUACUUGAUCGUGGCGAAAACAACCUUACAGUUCUUGCUCAAUUUUCACCAAAUGGUGAUGAGGAACAACAAGUUGGUCGGAAUUUGUUGAAUAAUUUCUUGGCAGGAAAGACAAAUAAUGUAACGAUCAAAGGAAAUGAAAAUUCUACCCCAUUAGAACCUUUACGAAAAGCUUUUGAAACUAUAGAAUUGACAACUGUGAUGCCUGGUCUUGUGACAGAAACUCCAAUAUUAAAGAAGGCAUUUUUCUCAAUUAGAUUCAAUUCAUUGUUUGAUAAAAAAGGGAAGGCUUCAAUUGAAAUAUUUAAUCCGUUAGCCACUGUGAUAAGAUUUUUAAAAAUUGAUGCGAAUGUUACGGUGAAAGACAAUUUAAUUGGAAUAAUUGAUCAACAAUUUAACGAAACCACUCAAAUUGUGGUUCAAAGUGGUCAGAGUCUGAUAACAGAUGAUAUGGAAUUGGAAUUGAAAAUUAGUGUUAAAGCUAUAAAAA